GAGCCAGAGGUGGAAUGGAUGGGCUGGAAUCCAAUAGAAGGGGUGGAGGGAAAUUCUUCUGAAUUGCUUCUAGUGGAGAGCCACUGCUCUUAGUCUCUUAGGACAACCUCCAUCAUGCUUGUCUGCAUGCCUCCCUUUGAGGUCAGACAACUGAUACAGGAGGUAUGAAUGUGUAGAUGUCUCCUAGUAACUGCUCCAUCCCUGCCGCUUUAAUAUAAACUAGGUUCAAGACCCUGGCCCAGCCCUAAAAUUCAAUUUGUAUGAAUCUACAAACAGAAGGUUCUGGAAGCAGAGAUACUGCCUGCUUAUGACACGUUCCUCGGAGUGUUAGAAAUUGUAUGUGUAGAAGUGUAGGAAGGAAGAGAGAUUCUGUCCAUUUAUUAAACAAGUGUUGAAACCAGCGAGGGGACUAAGCACAGGAGUGAACAAAAAGUUCUCACUUUGAGCAAGCUUAUGUAAAAGACUGCAAAAUUCAGGGAUAACAACAGAUCAGGGCCUUAGAACUAGUUAAGGUACCAGCACAGGAAUCCUGCCGUACCUCGCCGUUCUUCCUCCACUCCGCUAGGUGGCAAUGCGGACGUCUACCGCUCUCCCGAUAGGCUCUGCGCGGGCGCGUAUCUUUAAGCCAGCGGAAGAGCCGGAGCGCAAGGGCAGGCCAGCAGGCGGAAGUAGCUCGCACGCCGGUAGCCGCCAUGCCGGGAGACCACCGCCGCAUCCGCGGGCCGGAGGAGUCCCAGCCGCCGCAGCUGUACGCGGUCGAAGAAGACGAGACGCCCGCUGCUCGCGACCCUACGCGGCUACGACCGGUGUACGCGCGCGCGGGGCUGCUGAGCCAGGCCAAGGGCUCCGCCUACCUGGAGGCGGGAGGUACCAAGGUGCUGUGCGCCGUGUCUGGUCCGCGGCAGGCUGAGGGCGGCGAGCGCGGCGGCGGUCCUGCGGGAGCGGGCGGUGAAGCCCCGGCUGCCCUCCGUGGUCGCCUGCUCUGCGAUUUCCGACGCGCGCCCUUCUCCGGUCGCCGGCGUCGCGCACCCCAGGGCAGCGGCGAGGAGCGCGAGCUGGGUCUGGCUCUGCAAGAGGCUCUGGAGCCCGCUGUGCGCCUGGGGCGCUACCCUCGUGCUCAACUCGAGGUGUCCGCGCUGCUGCUGGAGGACGGCGGCUCUGCGCUGGCUGCGGCGCUCACCGCUGCUGCGCUCGCCCUGGCCGACGCGGGAGUCGAGAUGUAUGAUCUAGUAGUGGGCUGCGGCCUGAGCCUCACACCGGGACCCUCCCCGACCUGGCUGCUGGACCCCACGCGGCUCGAGGAGGAGCAUUCUGCGGCCGGUCUCACGGUGGCUCUCAUGCCUGUGCUCAAUCAGGUGGCCGGGUUACUGGGCAGUGGGGAAGGCGGUCAGACUGAGAGUUGGACUGAUGCGGUGCGCCUGGGCCUGGAAGGCUGCCAGCGCCUCUACCCGGUGCUGCAGCAGUGCUUGGUGCGGGCCGCCCGCCGGAGGGGUGCCGCCGCCCCACCCUGAUUGGAAAACCUGAGCGACAGAGGACGCGGAGGACUGCAAUCGCCCUUCUCUCCCAAAAGGACCAGCGCUGUUGGUCGCCUGACUUCGCUGAGCUGAGAAACGAGAGUGGGGGAGAACCAAAGCACUGCACAGCUGUGUGGGAAAGGUUUAAAAGGCCUUUGAGAACACGAUCCAGUUGGAGAAAUUUGAAAGAAGCCAUACUCCUAAGUUGGAAAGGACUUGAACUGGAUUGACCUAGUAAAUGAGACCUGGGGCUAUGGUCUUGUAAGGGAUGGACCCUCUGCGGGCCAACCAUCAGCUCCAAUAUAUAAUAAACUGAUUCUUGUGAGAGGAUGGACAAGGGGGCUUUGCCUUCUCGGUACUCGGAGUAAAACAUAAAAACGUUUUUAUACCUGGAAA